AUGGUGGUCCAGGAGAAAUUACCCGUCAUAGUGGCUGGUGCUGGUCUUGUCGGUGUACUACUAGGCCAGUUACUGAAACAGAAUGGAAUCCCGUUCGAGAUUUACGACCGUGAUGAGGGCCUGGGUUCUCGAUAUGGAGGAUGGGCAAUCUCACUCCACUGGAUCGAGGCCGAGUUGAAGAGAGCCCUCCCAGAGGAUAUGUAUGAGCGUAUCAAGGCUGGUCACGUUGACCCAGAGAGUUACGCCACAGGCUCGAUCCCAUUCAAAUAUCUCGACUUGGAAACGGGAGAGCCAACCGUCUCCUUCACCGUCCCGAGCUACCUCCGUGUCUCCAGAUUCCUUGUGCGCAGUGUCCUAGCCGAUGGCCUGGACAUCCAAUGGGCCACAGCCGUACGCAGUUUUGAGUCGGUCGAUGAAGGCGUCCUCGUCAGACUCUCCAACGGGAAAACGACAAGAGGCUCUAUGCUUAUUGCAUGUGAUGGCAAGAACAGCGUCCUCAAGCGGUCCAUCAUUGAUCCCGAACAAUUGGACUUUACCGACUUGCCCAUCGAGCUUGUUGGCUGCAAAGUACGGCUCGAUCCACCGAGUGCCAAGAAACUCUUGGCCGUGAAUCCCAUCAUGUGGCAAGGGGCUCACCCGCGUACGAGGUCAUUCUUCUUCUUCUCGCUAAACUCGACUCCUCGAACGAAUGGAACCGCGGAGACAAGUGAGGAGUAUUACGAGGCUCAGUUCAACUACAGCUGGAUAGCCAUUCAGGGAGAGGAACAGCCUAGCACUUCUGCCGUGAGGCUUCGUCGGCUGAAAGAGGUGGGCUCUACCUUCUUUCCUCCCCUCCGGGAAGCUAUCGAGGCUAUAAGAGAUGACGUGCAACUGCUCGACAUUAAGAUUCAGGACUGGUUGCCGGUGGAAUGGGACAAUCAAGGUGGCAGAGUGACAAUACUCGGGGACGCCGCGCACGCCAUGACCAUGUAUCGAGGAGAAGGAGUCAACCAUGGCAUGUAUGACGCCAUUAAACUCGUGGAGCAGUUGAGGCUUUGGGAGGAAGGGGCCAAGUCCCUGGCAGAAGCGGUUGCGGCGUACGAGGGUGAGAUGAGACCACGAGCUCGGGAAGGCGUGCUUCUCAGUAGACAGGCAUGCUUGGAUGCGCAUUACGUCGAGAGGGUGCACUUGGGGCAUCGGCUGUUUGGAUAUCGAGACCAGCUGUGA